AUGGCAAUAAAUAAAUUAUAUCUCUGGUCCGAUUCCGAAAUAGUUCUAGCUUGGUUAGAAAAACCACCCCAUGCGUGGAAAACGUAUAUUUCUAACCGAACAUCUCAAAUACUUGACCUAGUAGGAUCAGCCACUUGGCGACACGUAGCCAGCGCUGACAAUCCUGCUGAUCUAGGGACAAGAGGAUGCAAACCUCUGCAUCUCGCCACCACCACCCUCUGGUGGAAUGGCCCCCGAUGGUUAACAGAAUCUCACGAUUCUUGGCCACAAUCGCCUAUGCGCAACAUACUUGCCCCAGAAGGUCGCAAAAUCGCCACUUAUCAUACCACACUGGAUGAUAAUGACAUCCUUGAACGGUUCUCAUCGUUCCCAAGGGCACUCAGAGUAGUCGCCUAUAUGUUCAAAUUCGUAGAACGGCUCAAAAUUAGAAUUAAAGGAGCAACAUACUCUCAAUGCGGAACAUUGACGCACUCUGACUUACAAAAAGCAAAGGUCGCUCUUAUCGCAUCGACUCAAAUGCGCUACUUCAGCCGCGAAAUAACAUUAUUGAGAGAAUCAAAUCCCAUUGAUCGAAAAAGUUCACUCUUAGUUCUAAAUCCUUUCCUAGACACGAAAGGUCUUCUUAGAGCGAAUGGUCGGCUUGCAAACUCAAGCCUAACAUACAAUGAACGCCACCCGAUAAUCAUACCAGAGAGGUCUCCAUUUACCACACUCUUUCUUCAUUAUAUUCUGAUGCUACACGCCGAACAUCGCCUCAUGCAACAGAUAGUCCGUCAAGAGUACUAUAUUCCCCGUCUUAAGCCAAAAAUAAAGAAAUGCAUCUUCAUGUGCAAGAUCUGCACUAUGCAUAAGCAGAAAAUGCGAACACAGAUUAUGGCAGCACUUCCACCGGAACGCUGCAAUUUCGCUCUGCCCUUCACUAUCACAGGUGUCGAUUUUGCAGGGCCUUUUCAGAUAAAGGCGUCCAUGCUAAGAUCUCCCACCCUCAUGAAAGACUAUGUGGCUGUUUUUGUCUGUUUUACGACAAAAGCAGUACACCUUGAGCUAUGCACGAAUCUGACGACAGAGGCUUUUCUCGCGGCAUUUGCUCGCUUUGUCGGACGUCGUGGUUUUCCCUCCAAAAUCAUGAGCGAUAAUGGCAAAACGUUUAUAGGGGCUCAAAGAGCCACUGAAAGACAAUUUGUGGAAUUUAUACAACAAGUCUCACCUGAAAUUGUACAGAAAUAUGCUCCCCAAGGCAUCAAUUGGCAAUUCAUUCCCCCAAGCGCUCCACACAUGGGAGGUUUAUGGGAAUCCGCUGUAAAAAGCUUUAAAUCCCACUUCAAAAAAAUAGCUGGCAACCAUAAAUUCAACUAUGAAGAAUUUGCAACAUUACUAACUAAAAUUGAAGCCGUUCUCAAUUCACGGCCUCUUACUGCACUCUCGCAAGAUCCCUCCGAUCUCACAGCCUUAACUCCAGGGCAUUUUCUUAAAGGAGCACCCAUCUUGGCCUGA